AUUGCACAGCAACAACCGCGGCGCGACCGAGAGGGUGUAGCUGCUAACCUUGCAGAGGAAGGAACUACUGCUCGCAUUUCUUCAAACAUGGCCAAGACAGAGAGGUUCGUUCCCGCCGAGUUCCUGGAGAGCCACAUCUUCCCCGCCCUCCUCCCGGGGCUGGAGGAUACUCUCAGAACAGCCAAACGCACAGAGAGAAGAAAACGAUUCAACCCUUUGGACCACCUCUCCGCCUACCUGUACAGAAAUAACCCCAGUGGAAGUGGUCGCGAAGAUGUCAAAUUUGAAGACAUUCCGUUUGUCAAAGAAAAGUGGUCAGUAGAGCCUCGCUGCCCACUGCCCCUGUCAGCCACACUGACAGAGAGCGAGGCAGCUGCUAUCAUACAGGCCCACUACAGGAGCUAUCGACUGCGCUGCUCGAACCCACACGUGGUGGAGUUUCGCAAGUGGCAGAGACGCUACCGGGAGGAGGCCGCGGCCGCCCGCAAGAUGCAGGCAUGGUGGAGGAGCACGCUACGAGACAAGGGGAAGGAUUGUGCCACUGAUAAAGAGGGAACUGAAGCAGGGCACUCAACAGUAGACAGUGAACAUUAAAAAUCAAUGGAAGCAAGAUCAGAUUGAAAUUGAAUAUGAUGAUGUGUAUCACUCGAGUUGGUGACUGGGUGGUUGGUACAGGCUAUGUGACAACAGCGGACAGUGAAGAAAACGAAAACAACAUAAGAGAUUACGAUGUACAUAAUCUAUGUACCGGAUGCCGGGCGGGGUUGGUUGGUGAGUGGUUUGUAGAAGUGUGACUUAGUUGGGCAGCGAAAACAAAGACGAGGGUUUUUUUAAUUGAUGAUGAUCUGAGGGUCCCUGGUAGUUAACAGGGUGUGAAUUCGUCUCGACAAAACUGGGCCAAGUCUCCUGGUUGAUGCAGUAGUCCCCACUCCCUCUUCUCACCUGUAUAGAUAUAUAUAUAUAGCAUGAUAAAGGGAUGGGCCCUGUACGGAAUAGCUAUAUAGGAACGGGAUACGAAUGUUCAAUGCUGGGGUAUGAAUUUUGCACAAAGCUGCGUGUACAUGAAUUUCCACAUAGCAUAUUCUUGAAUUUAGUAAAAUUUUGCAUUUUGAACUACUAAAACAGAACAGCACACCGUAACGUCUUGAAGAAGGAGAGCUGCACUCUCAGCAUCUAGUGAAGAGUAAGCCUAUAAUAGGGACAGGGAGAUCAUGUGCGAGAAUG